AACCUCCCUAGAAACUCCCCCCAUUAAUUUGCUCACGCACCACAUGACCUCAUCCUCAUCUCCUUCCUCCCUUCUUAUCCCCCUCCUUUCUCAUUCAUGAAAACCUUUUCUUAGAGAACCUCUCAACUCUUCUUCUUCUUCUUCUUCUUCUUCUUCUUCUUUUUGUGAAAAUCAUUAAUGGAUCAAAGGCCUGGAACUGGUGGGCUUAGUUUCUUGAUUCCAGCUGGUUCUUCCAUGGAUACUAACAAACGUGUUCAUGAUGAGAUGGACUUCUUCUCUACUGACCAUGAAAAGAAGAUGAAGGUUAAGGAUGACCCUCUUCUUCCUAUCAUCAAGAAAGAAGAUCUCACCAUUAAUAUUAAUACUGGUUUGCAGUUGUUAACUGCUAAUACUGGGAGUGAUCAGUCUACUUUGGAUGAUAGCUUGUCUUCAUUAAAUCAAGAUGAUAAGGAGUGUGAGAAUGAGUUGGAAGCUAUGCAAGCUCAACUUGGGAAGAUGAAUGAAGAGAAUCAAAGGUUGAGAGGGAUGUUGAACCAGGUGACAAGUAACUACAAUGCUCUUCAGAUGCAUCUCAAUGCUUUGCUCCAACAAAAGAAUCAAAGGAUUAAUGGACUUGUUCCUUCUCCAUUCAUGAAUCAUGUAGAUGCUAAUAAUGCUAUCAAGAAUGAUCAAGAAACCAUUGUUCCAAGACAGUUCAUGGAUCUUGGUCCUACUGCAACUGAAAUUGAUGAGCAUUCUCAUUCUUCAACUGGAGGUAGCAGAGAAAGAUCAUCUACUCCUCCCAAUGAUGUCGACAUCGGUUCUAUUGAAACUAAUAAUAAUAACAACAACAACAACAACAACAAAGAGAUAGCUCCGAAACAAGAAGCAACUAUGAGGAAAGCCCGAGUUUCUGUUAGAGCUCGUUCCGAAGCUCCUAUGAUCACUGAUGGAUGUCAAUGGAGGAAAUACGGACAAAAAAUGGCGAAAGGAAAUCCAUGCCCUCGAGCUUACUAUCGAUGCACAAUGGCUACCGGUUGUCCAGUCCGAAAACAAGUGCAAAGAUGCGCAGAGGACCGAUCGGUGUUGAUAACAACAUAUGAAGGAACUCACAACCAUCCAUUGCCACCUGCGGCGAUGGCAAUGGCUUCAACAACCUCGGCAGCAGCAUCAAUGCUUCUUUCCGGCUCUAUGUCGAGCUCCGACGGACUAAUGAACUCCAAUUUCUUAGCAAGAACCAUGUUGCCUUGCUCAUCUAGCAUGGCCACCAUUUCAGCUACAGCACCAUUCCCUACUGUUACAUUGGAUCUUACUCACAGUGCUAAUCCACUGCAAUUGCAAAGGCCGACAUCAUCGCCGACGAUGCAGUUAUCUGCGCCGCAGCCGGUCUUUCAACCACAACUUUACAACCAGUCAAAGUUCACCGGACUUCAAAUGUCACCGGAUUUUGAUGGUUCUCCAUUAGCGAAACGUUCAACGACUACUCUUGCAGACACUGUGAGUGCCGCAACUGCGGCGAUCACGUCGGACCCUAAUUUCACCGCCGCACUUGCUGCAGCAAUCACAUCAAUUAUCGGCAGUGGCGGCGGCGCCGCCGGUGGUGGCAAUUCUCACCAGAUGAACAAUAAUGCAAAUAAUAUCAACAAAAGUCUUGCAAAUGGUCCAUAUACAUCAAAUUUUCCUGAUACCUGAUUGCUUCAAAUUUACAUAUAAUACAUGUUUUCUUUUUCUUUUUGCUGAAAGGAGAUAUAUAAAUGAAACUUCUUUUGUUAUUUAUAUAUAUAUAUAUUGUUUUUUUUUUUUUUGCAUAUUAGUUUUGUGAAGUAUUAUGAAUAAUGAAUAGAAGAAAUGAUGGGAUACCUUCUUUCA